GUAGUAGUAGUUGUAAUAGUAGUAGUAAUAGUAGUAUUAGUAGUAGUUGAGUAGUAGUAGUAGUAGUAGUUGUAAUAGUAGUAGCAUUAGUAGUAGUUGAGUAGUAGUUGUAAUAGUAGUAGUAUGAGUAGUAGUAGUAGUAGUAGUAGUAGUAGUUGUAGUAGUAGUAGUUGUUGUUGUAAUAGUAGUAGUAGUAGUAGUUGUAAUAGUAGUAGCAUUAGUAGUAGUUGAGUAGUAGUAGUAGUUGUAAUAGUAGUAGUAGUAGUUGUAAUAGUAGUAGCAUUAGUAGUAGUUGAGUAGUAGUAGUAGUUGUAGUAGUAGAUGAGUAGUAGUAGUAGUACUUGUAGUAGUAGUAGUAGUAGUUGUUGUAGUAGUAGUUGAGUAGUAGUAGUAGUUGAGUAGUAGUAGUAGUUGUAAUAGUAGUAGUAGUAGUUGUAAUAGUAGUAGCAUUAGUAGUAGUUGAGUAGUAGUAGUAGUUGUAGUAGUAGAUGAGUAGUAGUAGUAGUACUUGUAGUAGUAGUAGUAGUAGUAGUUGUAGUAGUAGUUGAGUAGUAGUAGUAGUUGUAAUAGUAGUAGUAAUAGUAGUAUUAGUAAUAGUUGAGUAGUAGUAGUAGUAGUUGUAAUAGUAGUAUUAGUAGUAGUUGAGUAGUAGUAGUAGUAGUUGUAAUAGUAGUAGUAUUAGUAGUAGUUGAGGAGUAGUAGUAGUAGUAGCAAUAGUAGCUGUAAUAGUAGUAGCAUUAGUAGUAGUUGAGUAGUAGUAGUAGUUGUAAUAGUAGUAUUAGUAGUAGUUGAGUAGUAGUAGUAGUAGUUGUAAUAGUAGUAUUAGUAGUAGUUGAGUAGUAGUAGUAGUAGUUGUAAUAGUAGUAGCAUUAGUAGUAGUUGAGUAGUAGUAGUAGUAGUAGUUGUUGUAGUAGUAGAUGAGUAGUAGUAGUAGUAUGUCCUUGUACUCAGACAUCCAAACCUGCAAAUACUCAUUUCACUGUUUUUUAUUUCUUUUUAAAUCCCUAUUAUGCAUGGGUACACUUUAGUGGAGUCUGUGGUGAAGUGCGUUUUGUACUAUUUCAUUUGGACACUUCAGACCGUAAACUGAACCGAACUGAUGGAUGAACUUGAGAGAGAGAGAGAGAGAGAGAGAGAGAGAGAGAGAGAGAGGUAGACUGUAAAGCCCGCCUACCGAGAAAAUUGAUAUAUUAGGUAACACAAAAAUAGACCAAUCAGGGCGCGCCGUGUCACUCUCUCACCCAGUCUAUCACUUGCUGUUAAAAUGCAGGAGACUCCCGGAAGUUCCGGCAGAGUUGGGAUGUCUAUUUUAACUUGUUUCUUUGAUCCCACUGCAGUUCGCAGUUUUUCUGUUACACUUCUCAUAAACAGUACGUGGCAUUGCCAUUGUUGUUGUAGUAGCGGAAGUAAAAUUGCAACAACCCGGAACUGUGAAAAGAAUCAAUUGGCAGGAAACCUGGCAACCCUGGCUCAAACUGAAAGUAAAACGUAAAGUAUUGUAGCUUAUUUCAUGAGUAAAGAGCGUAUAACGUGUAUAAGAAUUAUACUGUUGAGGGUUUUUUUUUUAAGAAGAAGAAGUGAAACAGUAAACCAACAUUAACUCGUCAGGAGGUGUGUAGCUGAAGAGGAUCUCACUAAUGGCGUCUAAACGGUCGUUCUCUGAGGAGGACUUCGCGUGCCCUGUGUGUUGUGAUGUCUUUAAGGAGCCCGUGCUCCUCUCGUGCGGUCACAGCGCGUGCAGCACCUGCGUUCACCGGUACUGGGCCAUCAAAGGCUGCAGAGAGUGUCCGCUUUGCAGGAAACGAUCCGCGACAAACCCUCCUAUCAACCUGGCUCUGAAAAACCUGUCUCAGACCUUCCUGAAGUUCCGACGUGAUCCCGAGACACUCUGCGACAUCCACGGAGAGAAGCUGAAACUCUUCUGUGUGAAUGACGGACAGGCCGCGUGCUUAAUGUGCAGAGAUUCUAGUAAACACCUCCAGCACCACUUCAUACCUGUCGACGAAGCAGCUUCUGAACUAAAGGAUAUUCUUAAGAGUGCAGUGAAUACAUUGAAAAUGAAAAUUCAGAGCUUUCACGAUGCCCAGGUUCAUUUUCAUCGAAAUGUACAUCACAUACAGCAACAGGCCAAUUACAUGAAGAAGCAGAUUAAUGAGGAUUUUAGGAAACUUCGGAAGUUUUUACAAGAUGAAAAAGCAGCCUUGGUGAUUAAACUGGAGAUGGAAGUGCAGCAGAAAACAGAGAGCCUGGAAAAGAAAAUAGAAAAAAUUAAACAAGAGAUACUGGCUCUCUCAGGCACUAUUGGAGACAUAAAAGUGGAAUUACAAUCUGAAGACAUCAGAUUCCUGAAGAACUUUGAGACAAAUCUGGAAAAAGUCCAGUACAAAGAUUCAGAACCAAAUAUUUCUUCAGGAGAAGUAAUCAAUGUCGCAAAGUACCUGGGCAAUCUGCAGUUCCAAGUCUGGAACAAAAUGCAGAGCUUCAUCAAAUACAGUCCUGUUGUCUUGGACCCAAACACAGCUCAUUCACAGCUCAUCCUGUCCCUGGAUCUGACCAGCGUGAGGGACAGUGAUGAUGACCAUGAAGACCAGGCUGACAUGCCAAGACUGCCAGUUUUGGACACUCCUGAGAGGUUUAGGAGUUUGUGUGUGCUGGGCUCUGAGGGCUUCUCUUCAGGGCUGCACUGUUGGGACGUUGAGGUCGGAAGCAGCACGUUCUGGAUGCUCGGAGUGACCACAGAGUCUGUACAGAGAAAAGAAUCCAAUGUUUUUCCCAGCGGAGCUUGGGGUAUUGGGUAUGAUGACCAAAAGCUGUGUGCUCGGUCUCCUUCGGAAGCAUAUACUCCUCUGCCUUUGACUACCAAACCCCAGAUGGUCAGAAUUCGUCUGGACAUGGAUUCAGGGGAGGUGUGGUUCUUAGAUCCUGCCAGCAAUGCCGUUAUCCACAUGUUCUCGCACCACUUCACUGAGAAGGUCUUUCCGUUCUUCCACAGCAUGUGCAGUCUCUUUCCUCUGAAGAUCAUGCCUCUCCAGCCUUUUGUGGUGCUGAGAAAGCUCCCUUAAUGCUCUUAAUGUUUUUGCAGGUUGUAUUAGCACUGGCUCAUGCUGCUAUGGACAUGGACAAUGGAGAUACAUUUUGUUUUGCUUUCUGUAUCUUCCACAGCUGAGGGUGAACACAAUGGAGUAUGACAUUAGUAAAUCUGGGACAUAAUGCGUCACAUUUUUCUUCAGAGCUGCACAGUUAUAUUUAAACUGUGUGCUUACUCAUAACAUAGCUCAGGUGAUGUUUAUUUCAGCGUUCACCCUGGUUUUCCCCUAGUUAUUCCCCUAGUAAUUUUCCACAAGGGGUAGCUAUUGGCUCUCUAGUAGUUUUGUAUACACCAGUACAAUGCAGUGUUUCCCCACACAUACUGCAGGUUAUACUUGGGCAGUACAUUUAAUUAUGUUGAUUUGUGACCAUAAAAAAAAAAAAAAAAAUGCACUUAACAACCAUUCCAAGAAAUCAACACACCUUGCUUUCACUUUUGAGUGUAGUUUGAGCUCAGGCUACACACCUUGAAAGAAACACAAAGAAUUAGACUUUCAUGAUGUUGUUCAAGUUCAGUAACUGAUGAAUAGAUUCAAAUAUAAAUUAAAAUUUCUAUUAAAAUUAUAUGACUCAAGAUGGAUUUGACCAAUGUGAACUCUUCAAGGUGCAUUAGAACACUGUGACUGAUGCAUCCUUGAAUCCUCAGUCCUUCAGUGGUCCUUGAAAGUUUGUGAACCCUUUAGAAUUUUCAAUAUUUCUGCAUGAAUAUGACCUAAAACAUCAUCAGAUUUUCACACAAGUCCUAAAAGUAGACAAAGAGAACCCAGUUAAACAAAUGAGACAAAAAUGUUAUACUUGGUCAUUUACUUAUUAAGGAAAAUAAUCCAAUAUUAAAUAUCUGUAAGUGGCAUAAGUAUGUGAACGUCUAGGAUUAUCAGUUAAUUUGAAGGUGAAAGUGAGCACCUUGUUUUAUUUAAAGAACAGAGAUCUAUCAAAGUCUGGCCUUCACAACACAUGUUUGUGGAAGUGUAUCAUGGUACAAACAAAGGAGAUUUCUGAGGACCUCAGAAAAAGUUCAUGCUCAUCAGGUUGGAAAAGGUUCUCCAAAGAGUUUUGUUGUGGAUAAAAAUGACAUGAAAUAAACACGAGGGAGACCUAGUAUGAGUAAUAUGUAAUUUUAUUGAAAAUUCACAGGACUGGUUGGAUUCACACUUUAAGAUCUUUAAGAGUAACACACUAUGGUUUAUUAGUCACAGAGAAAUAUAAGAGCUGAGAAGGGCAGGCUGAGAAACACACACACUCUCGUACAGUCAAGGGCGGGCGUGCAGACAUAACACACACAACGGCCCCAACGCACACACAUAACAUUAUGAGAUAACAACAUGAGACUAAGGUCUCUCUAAAAUUGUUUUCUCUCUCUCCCACUUUCAAUCCUAAUGGUAGUCAGAAAGUCCUCUUUCAAAACAUCAUGGUAAAUUUGAUAAGCCUUUUUUUACACAUCAUGGUAAUGUAGAUGAGCUCUUUUUAACCCUAUUGGUAUUGAAAUCAUAGUCUUUCUAAAAUAUAUUGGUUAUCUACUGUGUAAAUACAGUAUAAAUACUGGAGCUUGAGCUCCAGGUGUCGGAUCACUUCUGAGAGUUCUCAUUGGUGUGGAUCUCGUGAGGUGGAAAUACCUUGCUUCUUCUCACUCAUGGCUGGUUUCUUUUUUUCUAUCUCCAACUGGGUUCACAGAUGUGAGUAUUUGCCUCUAUGUUGAAUUUUAAGUGUCUUUGGGUAAUAGGCUAAAUUUGGGCCAGCAGUUUCGACUCCAUCAAUCCACAGUUCGACAGAUUGUGUACAAACUGAGGAAAUUCAAAAUUUAUUGAUUUAUUAAAAAUUGUUUUUAGUUUUGCAAAAUUAUUUUGUCUAUCAUAUACUGCAAUUGCUUUGCCAUUAUUCUUAGUGGCACAUGUAAAGUGUUAUGCCAAAGCCUUCUUUAAGAGCUCAUGUCACGUUCUGGAAAUAAAAUCAACUGCUUCAAGACUGUAAAUUGUAAAUCUGAUUUAAAUUAAACAUGCUUUACUUUGC